CGACACUCGCGUAGACCAGACACUCAUAUACCACAGCUGUGAUAACGCAAAAAAUAGGCAAAAAAAAAAAAUCCGCAAUGAAAAUGAGCAGCAAAGCGGAAAAGGUUGAAAUUUUUGUCAAUACACUAAAUCAUUCAUUUAUAGCUAUCACGAUAUUUUAUCUAACGUGGUACUGCUUUCAUGUUGGCUUCACAGAACUCAUAACAUUUCACGUGUGGCUAACGACAAUCGGCUAUCAAUUACUAAUGGCAGAAGGCAUUUUGGCAAUGUAUAAACGGAAUACCUUAACACUGCUUGCUGAUAGUAAAGGAAAGAAAACAUUAAUACAUUGGAUAUUGCAGACGAGUGGUGGAGUUCUCGCUAUAGUUGGCAUUGUUGUACAAAUUAUUUCACGUUUUCGACUUGGAAAGCCUCACUUUAGUCUGAUUCAUUCGAUUAUUGGCCUGAUUUCCUUCAUAUUUCUUAUCUUGUCGAUUAUCUCAGGAUGUUCAGCAUUAUACUCGAUCGAAUUGAAAAGAUAUUUGAAGCCAAUAUUCAGUAAAUUCAUCCACAAUUUAUUAGCAAUAAUCGCAUUUGUUACUGGAAUAAUUUCUGUUAUUAUUGCAUACGACACAAAGUCAUGGGCAAAGAAACAUGAUCCUGGUAAUGUGAGAGUCUUAAUGAUGUGGCUGCUAGCUUUCAUAAUUAUAUUUACUUUAAUUGGACCCAUCAAAACUUUAUGGAACCAUCUAAAGACAAUUACGAACAUCGUAAAAAGCAGGAACAAAUAAUAAAGUCAUUUGAUUUGUUUAAAGCGCAUUUUUGUAUUUUUGUAGUUGAGAAAAUUUUAUUAAUUUUAAAAAUGGAAAUUAGGUAGGAAAUGAUAUUCAUAAGCUUAUGAUUAUAGUUUUUCAGCAGAAUUGAUGAUGAAACCAGAACAAUCAGUGAAGCCAUGACCCACGCGGUUUGCUGCACAAUUGAACGCAAUGACUUUCAAACCUUCCUUGCAAUAAGACCUUUAAAAUGACAAAAGCAUUCAGACGACAUAAAACAAAUAACUCGGUGGGUCAAAAAGCGACAAUUUUUCAAUUUCAACAACUCGCUCGAAACUUUUAUUUCUGCCAACAAUUUAAAUUAAGUACGGUGAUAAGCAUGAUAAUGAAUGAUAUAAAACUGAAAUAUAUAUCUUAAAAUUUGAAUAAAUUCUCAUUUUCAUAAUUGUU